AUGACAGGAUUCCCCAUGACAGAUGCUGGCAUCCCAGAACUAACUCAGCUCCGACUGGCGAAUGGCCCGAGUCGCUGUGCUGGGAGGGUCGAAGUACUUCACAACCAGCAGUGGGGAACCGUGUGUGAUGACAGCUGGGACUUAGAGGAUGCCGGAGUCGUGUGCAGGCAGCUGGGCUGUGGGACGGCGUUAUCAGCCCCAGGAGGGGGUCACUUUGGACAAGGAUCUGACCCUGUCUGGCUGGACGAUGUGAACUGUGCAGGGACAGAAGCUGCCCUCUCCAGUUGCAGGGCUCGGCCAUGGGGAGAGAAUAACUGUAACCACAGAGAAGAUGCUGGUGUUGUGUGCUCAGACUCAGGCAUCUCAGCAGCGGCUGAGCUCCGACUGGCGAAUGGCCCGAGUCGCUGCGCUGGGAGGGUCGAAGUACUUCACAACCAGCAGUGGGGAACCGUGUGUGAUGACAGCUGGGACUUAGAGGAUGCCGGAGUCGUGUGCAGGCAGCUGGGCUGUGGGACGGCGUUAUCAGCCCCAGGAGGGGGUCACUUUGGACAAGGAUCUGACCCUGUCUGGCUGGACGAUGUGAACUGUGCAGGGACAGAAGCUGCCCUCUCCAGUUGCAGGGCUCGGCCAUGGGGAGAGAAUAACUGUAACCACAGAGAAGAUGCUGGUGUUGUGUGCUCAGACUCAGGCAUCUCAGCAGUGGCUCAGCUCCGACUGGCGAAUGGCCCGAGUCGCUGCGCUGGGAGGGUCGAAGUGCUUCACAAGCAGCAGUGGGGAACCGUGUGUGAUGACAGCUGGGGCUUACAGGAUGCCGGAGUCGUGUGCAGGCAGCUGGGCUGUGGGACGGCGUUAUCAGCCCCAGGAGGGGGUCACUUUGGACAAGGAUCUGACCCUAUCUGGCUGGACGAUGUGAACUGUACAGGGACAGAAGUUGCCCUCUCCAGUUGCAGGGCUCGGCCAUGGGGAGAGAAUAACUGUAACCACGGAGAAGAUGCCGGUGUGGUGUGCUCAGGCAUUUCAGAAGUGGCUCAGCUCCGACUGGUGAACAGCCCGAGUCGCUGCGCUGGGAGGGUUGAGGUGCUUCACAACCAGCAGUGGGGAACCGUGUGUGAUGACAGCUGGGACAUAACUGAUGCUGGAGUCGUGUGCAGGCAGCUGGGCUGUGGGACGGCAUCAUCAGCUUCAGGAGAGGCUCGAUUUGGGCAAGGAUCUGACCGUAUCUGGCUGGAUGAUGUCAACUGCGCAGGGACCGAAGCUGCCCUUUCUGAUUGCAGGGCUAGGCCUUGGGGAGACAAUAAUUGUAACCACGGAGAAGAUGCCGGUGUUGUGUGCUCAGAUGCUGAAAUCUCAGAAGUGGCUCAGAUCCGACUGGUGAACAGCAGGAGUCGCUGUGCUGGGAGAGUCGAGGUGCUUCACAACCAGCAGUGGGGAACUGUGUGUGAUGACAGCUGGGACUUACAAGAUGCUGGAGUCGUAUGCAGGCAGCUGGGCUGUGGGACGGCGUUAUCAGCCCCAGGAGGGGCUCGAUUUGGACGAGGGUCAGACCAGGUCUGGCUGGAUGACAUCAACUGCGCAGGGACAGAAGUUGCCCUCUCCAGUUGCAGGGCUCGGCCUUGGGGAGAGAAUAACUGUACCCAUGGAGAAGAUGCAGGUGUUGAGUGCUCAGACGCUGGCAUCUCAGAAGUGGCUCAGCUCCAACUGGUGAACGGGCCAAGUCGCUGCGCUGGGAGGGUCGAAGUGCUUCACAACCAGCAGUGGGGAACCGUGUGUGAUGACAACUGGGACUUACAGGAUGCCGGAGUUGUGUGUAGGCAGCUGGGCUGUGGGACGGCGUUAUCAGCCCCAGGAAGGGCUCGAUUUGGGCGAGGAUCAGACCGUAUCUUGCUGGAUGAUGUGAACUGCACAGGGACAGAAGUUGCCCUCUCUGAUUGCAGGGCUCGGCCUUGGGGAGAGAAUGACUGUACCCAUGGAGAAGAUGCUGGUGUUGUGUGCUCAGACGCUGGCAUCUCAGAAGUGGCUCAGCUCAGACUGGUGAACAGCUGGAGUCACUGCGCUGGGAGGGUCGAGGUGCUUCACAACCAGCAGUGGGGAACUCUGUGUGAUGACAGCUGGGACUUACAGGAUGCUGGAGUCGUAUGCAGGCAGCUGGGCUGUGGGACGGCGUUAUCAGCCCCAGGAGGGGCUCGAUUUGGGCGAGGAUCAGACCGUAUCUGGCUGGAUGACAUUCAAUGCGCAGGGACAGAAGUUGCUCUCUCCGACUGCAGGGCUCAGCCUUGGGGAGAGAAUAACUGUAACCACGGAGAAGAUGCUGGUGUUGUGUGCUCAGACGCUGGCAUCUCAGAAGUGGCUCAGCUCCGACUGGUGAACAGCAGGAGUCACUGUGCUGGGAGAGUCGAAGUGCUUCACAACCAGCAGUGGGGAACUGUGUGUGAUGACAGCUGGGACUUACAGGAUGCUGGAGUCGUAUGCAGGCAGCUGGGCUGUGGGACGGCGUUAUCAGCGCCACGACGGGCUCGAUUUGGGCAAGGAUCUGAUCGUAUCUGGCUGGAUGACGUGAACUGCACCGGGACAGAAGUUGCCCUCUCUGAUUGCAGGGCUCAGCCUUGGGGAGUGAAUAACUGUACCCAUGGAGAAGAUGCCGGUGUUGUGUGCUCAGAUGCUGGCAUCUCAGAAGUGGCUCAGCUCCGACUUGUGAACAGUCCGAGUCGCUGUGCUGGGAGAGUUGAGGUGCUUCACAACCAGCGGUGGGGAACGGUGUGUGAUGACAGCUGGGACUUACAGGAUGCCGGAGUUGUGUGUAGGCAGCUGGGCUGUGGGAUGGCAUUAUCAGCCCCAGGAGGGACUCGAUUUGGACGAGGAUCAGACCGUAUCUGGCUGGAUGACAUCAACUGCACAGGGACAGAAGUUGCCCUCUCCGAUUGCAGGGCUCGGCCUUGGGGAGAGAAUAACUGUACCCACGGAGAAGAUGCCAGUGUCGUGUGCUCAGACGCUGAAAUCUCAGAAGUGGCUCAUCUCCGACUGGUGAACAGCCCGAGUCACUGUGCUGGGAGGGUCGAGGUGCUUCACAGCCAUCGGUGGGGAACCGUGUGUGAUGACAGUUGGGACUUACAGGAUGCUGAAGUUGUAUGCAGGCAGCUGGGCUGUGGGACGGCGUUAUCAGCCCCAGGAGGGGCUCGAUUUGGGCAAGGGUCAGACCGUAUCUGGCUGGAUGACGUCAACUGCACAGGGACAGAAGUUGCCCUCUCCGAUUGCAGGGCUCUGCCUUGGGGAGAGAAUAACUGUACCCACGGAGAAGAUGCCGGUGUUGUGUGCUCAGAUGCUGACAUCUCAGAAGUAGCUCAGCUCCGACUGGUGAAUAGCAGGAGUCACUGCGCUGGGAGAGUCGAGAUGCUUCACAACCGUCAGUGGGGAACCAUGUGUGAUGACAGCUGGGACUUACAGGAUGCCAGAGUCGUAUGCAGGCAGCUGGGCUGCGGGGCAGCAUUAUCAGCCCCAGGAGGAGCUCGAUUUGGACGAGGGUCAGGCCGUAUCUGGCUGGGUAACGUGAACUGCACAGGGACAGAAGCUGCCCUCUCCGAUUGCAGGGCUCGGCCUUGGGGAGAGAAUAGCUGUACCCAUGGAGAAGAUGCUGGUGUUGUGUGCUCAGACGCUGGCAUCUCAGAAGUGGCUCAGAUCCGAAUGGUGAACGGCCCAAGUCACUGUGCUGGGAGGGUCGAGGUGCUUCACAACCAUCAGUGGGGAACAGUGUGUGAUGACAGCUGGGACUUACAGGAUGCCGGAGUCGUGUGCAGGCAGCUGGGCUGUGGGACGGCAUUAUCAGCCCCAGGAGGGGCUCGAUUUGGGCGAGGAUCAGACCAUAUCUGGCUGGAUGACGUCAACU